AUGAAGGUUGAGGGUUUAGCUGAAGGUCCUGGUCCUGCCAGCCAGUGCUGUAUCUCGCGACUGCUAAGCGUGGUGGAGAGCGAGUUGCAAGCGGGGCGAGAGAAGGGGGACCCCACCGAGAAGCAGCUGAAGGUGACGCUCGAGGAAGCGGAACUGUGGCGGAAGUUUAAGGAAGUCACCAAUGAGAUGAUAGUCACCAAAAGCGGCAGGCGGAUGUUUCCGGUGCUGAAAGUGAGUGUAUCGGGUCUGGACCCCAACGCCAUGUACUCCUUCCUGCUGGACUUCCAGCCAGCUGACAGCCACCGCUGGAAGUACGUUAACGGGGAGUGGGUUACAGCCGGUAAACCGGAGCCUGUCGGUAAUGGUUGUGUGUACAUCCAUCCCGACUCACCCAACUUCGGGGCCCACUGGAUGAAGGCACCUGUCUCCUUCAGCAAGGUCAAACUCACCAACAAGCUCAACGGAGGUGGACAGAUCAUGUUGAACUCUCUCCAUAAGUAUGAACCUCAGCUCCACAUUGUGAGAGUGGGCGGAAGCCACCGAAUGGUCACUAACGUCUCUUUCAGCGACACACAGUUCAUCGCUGUCACUGCCUACCAGAAUGAAGAGAUCACCGCUCUGAAGAUCAAAUACAACCCCUUCGCUAAGGCUUUCCUGGAUGCCAAAGAGAGGAACCACCCGAACAGUCCAUUGGAGUCCCCAUUUGAUAGCCAUAUGGGAAUUCAACACUGUGGUUGGUUUCUGUCUAACCCAGACUCGCUGUGUUCUGGUGGGGGUCCUAGCUUCCCCUAUAGCGGGGGUCUGCCUCUCGCCCCCCCUCAUGGGUACAAGCACUACCCCCCCAGGCCAGCUCCCUACCCCCCCCCCUACCUGCCACACCGCACGCACACUUCUGGUGAGACACACCGCCAUCUCGCCAGCUCUCUCUUCCAAAUCCUUUUUUAA